GUAUUCCCGCGCGGAACCAAGCUAGCUAGUCGUUUUGUCAAACACUUGGUGCGCCUUUUGGUUUUGCGCGCGGAAGCAACUGAAAAUGUUAGUCCUUCAAAGUUCACUCAUUCCCAGAGUUAACAUAGCUUAUCUACACUGUACUCCCCGACCAAAGUCUCUUCCUUUCCUUGUUCUUUCCAAAAAAUCUGAUCCAAAACCCGACGACCCUAAGCUCAGCUCUGCUUCUGGAGCAAAACCCAGGUCGAGAAAUCGUCGACUGAAAGCUGAACCAGUGUCCCAGACACCUGUAGAAUCGAAGAAGCAAGGUGAAGAAGAUGCAGAGUUUCCGAAGACAAUUCCCAGAAAGCCAAGGCGUGGUCGGAGAAGCGAAGCGGCAGCGGUGGAGGAUUACGUCCGGGAAUCUCUUGAGCGGACAUUUACUUCGAUAAGAGAGCAGGACUCUGAAGUGUUUGAGAAUAAGGAGAAUGUAAUGAAAGAAAGGCCCGCUGAUGAUGAGGACGAGUCUGAUUCUAGCGACGAGGAAGAUGAUGGUGAUGAUGAUGAUGUGGAUGGGGACACUGUUGCUGUUUCCGGUGAGGAGAAGAAGAAGAAAAUGGUGGUUGAGGAGGAGAGUGAGGAUUGGCCAUUGGAUGCUGAUAUUGGAUGGGGUAUCAGAGCCUCAGAGUAUUUUGAGAAACACCCAAUAAAGAACGUGGUUGGGGAAGACGGUGUUGAGAUCGAUUGGGAAGGAGAGAUUGAAGAUAAUUGGGUGAAGGAGAUUAACUGUUUGGAAUGGGAAAGUUUUGCUUUCCAUCCAAGCCCGCUUAUUGUUUAUGUUUUCGAGAGAUAUAACAGGGCAACCAACAAUUGGAAAGCUUUAAAAGAGCUUGAAAAAGCAGUAAAGGUUUAUUGGGAGGCCAAAGAUCGGUUGCCUCCGCGGUCAGUCAAGAUAGACAUCAAUAUAGAAAGAGAUUUGGCAUAUGCUCUUAAAGUUAAAGAAUGUCCUCAAAUUUUAUUCUUGAGAGGAAAUAGGAUUCUGUACAGGGAAAAAGAGAUUCGAACUGCAGAUGAGCUGGUUCAGAUGAUUGCACACUUCUAUUACAAUGCAAAGAGACCUUCCUGGAUUGAUGUUUCAGCUUUGUCUCCACCUUAUCCUUAUUAGCUAAAGCUUUUAUGGUAAACUUUUUCUUUAUUCCCUUUUGUGCACUCUUUUUCUCUUUAAUCAAUAUACAAGAUCUUUUUUUUUAGAUUGAAUUCCAUAAUCCAUAGAGCAUAUGAUAGUGGAAGGAAGAGACUUUACUUUUAAAUUCUUGUGUAGAUGAUAUUUGACUAUAUAAAUGUAGCAAUGUGAAUGAUGGAAAGAUCAUUCGGCAAUGAGGAAUAUACUUUGCAAAAAAAAAAAGAUGUUUUGUUUUAGAGCUGCUUUUCAAGGAUUA